AUGGUGUACGUUUUGUUGAGCGCUGUCGCGGCUUUAUUCGUCGCUUUAUACUUUUACUUCACCAGAACUUUCAAUUACUGGAAAUCAAGAAAUGUUGUCGGACCCAAGCCUCUACCAUUCGUCGGAAAUCUCAAGGAUUCCUUCUUUAGACGAAAACAAGCGAUUAUGGUCUUAAAAGAUAUUUACGAUAAAUUUCCAAAAGAGAAAGUCGUUGGAAUUUAUAGAAUGACAACACCAUGUCUGUUGAUACGUGAUUUAGACAUAAUCAAAAAUAUUUUAAUAAAAGACUUUGAUUUAUUCGCUGACAGAGGAGUCGAAUUCAGUGACGAAGGUCUCGGUGUUAACCUUUUCCAUGCCGACGGCGACAGGUGGAGAGUUUUAAGAAACCGUUUCACUCCUCUAUUCACUUCGGGAAAGCUCAAGAACAUGUUGCGUCUUAUGACGGAGUGUGGAGACAAAUUUGUUAAUUAUGUCGACGAAAUUAUUCAAACUAAUGCGGAACAUCGUAUGUACCCGCUCGUUCAAAGAUUCACAAUGGCAUCGAUCUCGGCUUGUGCCUUCGGUAUAGAUUUAGACAAAGAUAUGUUGAAAUCUUUGCAAGAUAUGGACAAAUUAGUUUUCACCGUAAAUUACGGCACCGAGCUAGAUAUGAUGUAUCCUGGAAUAUUGAAAAAGUUAAAUGGCUCACUCUUUCCAAAGAGUGUAAGUACAUUUUUCGACAACCUUACUAAAUCUGUCAUUAAACAAAGAGGUGGUGUGCCGACAAACAGAAAGGACUUUAUGGAUUUAAUUUUAGAAUUGAGACAAAGGAAAAUAAUUGAAGGAACGAAAAGAAAAGACGACGAGGAUGUGAAAGCGCUCGAACUGACCGACAGCAUCAUUGCAGCGCAGACGUUCAUAUUCUACACCGCUGGUUACGAAACCAGCGCCUCCACCAUAGCCUACAUGUUGUAUGAACUGGCCAAGAAUCCUGACGUACAAAACAAACUCAUUGCAGAAAUCGAUGAGGUUCUUAAACGCCAUAAUGGGGAAAUAACUUACGAAUGCUUGAGCGACAUGCCGUAUUUAGGUCAGACGUUUGAUGAAACUUUGAGAAAAUACCCGGUCGCAGAUAUUUUGCAGCGCAACGCCAAAGUUGACUACCCUAUCCCGGGUACUGAUGUUACUGUUAAAAAAGGGCAAACGAUUAUUAUAUCCGGUUGGGGGAUACAACAUGACCCGAAAUAUUACCCCAACCCAGACAAAUUUGACCCCGAAAGAUUCAGUCCGGAAAAUGAGAAAAAUAGACAUUCCUGUGCUUAUCUACCAUUUGGAGCUGGUCCUAGAAAUUGCCUAGGCGCGCGGUUUGCGAAAUGGCAGUCACAAGUAUGCAUCGUGAAGUUUUUGUCAAAAUUCCGCGUGGAACCUUCGAAAAAUACACCGUUAGACUUCAAAUAUAAUCCCACGCGUUUAUUUGCUUUCCCUACCAGUGAUAUUAAUUUAAAUGUUGUAAAGAGAUAAAACUUUAAUUUUAUAUAAUUUAAUAGACUGGUAAGGAUUUAACACAUUCCGUGCCACUGCAAUUUUUCGUAAGAAAGUGAACUCGCCCGGCACUUAAUGUGUUAAUGUCUCAUUUUAAUCAUUUAGAAUACUUUUAUUUAUUAAUUUUAAUACGAUCCCUGUCUUCUGAAAUACUGUUGACAAUAAUUAUUG